GCGCAUCGCUUUCGUUGUGGGCGGCGGGGGACAAGAUGGCGACCCCUGCCAAGCGCAAAUCCAGGGUCGCGGAGGCGGGAGAGGGCGGCGGCGGCGGCGGCGGCGACAACAACUGCAGCACGCAGAGCCAAGGGCCGGCCGGGGUGGAGGGUGGCUGGCGGCGGCGGGAGGCGGACCCGGCCUUCGUCGAAGGCUCCAUCGUGCGGAUCGCCAUGGAGAACUUCCUGACGUACGAUAACUGUGUGGUAUAUCCAGGGCCCCAUCUAAACAUGAUAGUGGGAGCUAAUGGAACGGGUAAAUCAAGCAUUGUUUGUGCUUUAUGCCUAGGAUUGGCAGGAAAACCUGCUUUCAUAGGAAGAGCAGACAAGGUUGGUCACUAUGUGAAGCGGGGUUGUGACAAAGGAGCUGUUGAAAUUGAGGUGUCUAAGAAUCCAGCUAACCUUACUAUCACACGAGAAAUAUCUGUAGCAAACAACCAGUCAACCUGGUUUAUUAACAAAAAACCGUCCACUCUAAAAAUGGUAGAGGACCAAAUCUCAGCUUUAAAUAUUCAAGUAGGCAAUCUUUGCCAGUUUCUUCCUCAGGACAAAGUUGGAGAAUUUGCAAAAUUAUCCAAGAUUGAACUACUUGAAGCCACAGAGAAAUCGGUUGGUCCUCCAGAGAUGUACAGAUUUCACUGUGAACUAAAGAAUUACAGGAACAGAGAACUAGAACUUAAAAAUGCACUUUUGGAGAAAAAUAGCAGUUUAGAGAAAAUGAAGCAAAAGAAUGCAAGGUAUCAGCAAGAUGUGGAGCGAUAUUUUGAAUAUAAGCGGCAUCAAGAUAAAAUUGCAAUGCUUGAGAGCAAAAGGCCUUGGGUGAUUUAUGACAAUGUUCGUAAGCAGCAUGAAGAGGUGAAAAUAAACCGAGAUCGUCAGAAAGCAGAACUAAAAGCAUUAAAAAAAGCACGUUCUCCCAUGAUGCAGCAAAUCGAAGAGGCUGAGAAGGAGUGUCAAAUACUGGAUAGCAAAAUCAGGGAGAAGACUGCAGCUAUCAAAGAAACAUCUGAGAAGUGUAAACAGCAACAGGAUGCUUUGGAGAGAAAAGACAAAGAAAUUGAGAACGUUAAAUUAGACUUGAGGAAGAAGAGAGAGGCGGAAAUGGACCGUCAGAAGAGAAUACAAAACACUCGUAAGAUGAUAGACGACUGGAAUAAUGAACUAAAAAAUAUAGAUAGCACUGAGAAUAUUCAGCCUCAAAUGGAUUCUGUCACUUCUGCCCUUAAAAAGCUGCAGGAAGAGAGAGCAAAUGUUGAUGGGAGAAUCAAUGAUAAUCACAGACAAAAGGAGAACUUGCUGCAGGAAAAAAGAGGGGUAGCUGAUCGCAUUGAGCAGUUUGAGAAUUUGAUGAAUAUGAAAGAGGAGAAGCUGAGAGGGAGAUUCCGAGACACACACAUUGCUCUUUUGUGGUUGAGACAGAACAGAGACCGGUUUAAAAGGCGUGUCUGUGAACCUAUGAUGCUUGAAAUCAAUAUGAGAGAUCACAGGCAUGCUAAAUACGUAGAAAAUCACAUUUCAUCCAACGAUAUGAGGGCCUUUGUCUUCGAAAUCCAAGAAGAUAUGGAAAUCUUUCUGAAAGAGGUCCAUGACAAUCAGAAGCUAAAAGUGAAUGCUGUGUGUGCACCUAGCGAAGCAUGGGAUCAAAGCAAACCUUCAAAACCAAUUGAAGAGCUGCACCGAUAUGGAUUUUUCUCUUACAUGCGAGAAUUAUUUGAUGCUCCUUCUCCUGUGAUGAGUUAUUUGUGUCAUCAGUAUCGUGUUCAUGAGGUUGCUAUUGGAAGUGAGAAGACCAGAAAUAUGAUUGAAAGGGUCAUAAAGGAAACAAAACUUAGACAGCUGUACACAGCAGAAGAACGGUAUGCAAUAAAAAUAUCUCCUUACACAAAUGAAAGUAUUUCCAGUAACACAUCACUGAGGCCAGCACAGUACCUUACUGUCACAGUGGAUGCAGAUAAAAGAAUACAGUUGGAAAAUCAAAAAAAUGAAAUUAACAGGCAGUUACAGUCAUUAGAAUCUCUUAAGGCUGAUCUCGUGGAAAAGCAGAAACAACUGGAACACAGAGACAAUGAGCUCCGCCAACAGAAAAAAGAGCUUCUGGAUAAAAAAAAUAAAAAGAAGCAAUUGGAAUCAAAAAUUAGCAUGAAAUAUGACAGUUUAAAACAGAUGGAACAAGAUGCCAUCAACCUGGAACAAGAAACUGAGAGAGCAAGCAGUAAAAUAAAACAAAUUAACACUGAAAAAGUAAAACUUGUGGCAGAGUUUAUGCAGCUAAUAAAGACUUGUAUCACCUUGAAUAAACAGAAAACAGCUUUAGUUCUACAGAAUACAACAUCUGUUUUUCACAAGAACAGAAUAGAAGCUGAAUGUAAAGCUGCAGUUGUACAGAUACGAGCUGUAGAGAACCAACUGAUGGAGUUGGAAGAAAAGAAGAGAGUCCUUUUGGAGAGGUGUAAAGAAUUAAUUCGGAAAGCUGAGCAAGCUUGUAACCUCCAACCAGAUCAAAAAAUUCCAGAAGAAUUAAGCAAACCACUCAAAGCGCUUCCAGACACACUGGAUGAAAUUGAUGCUUUGCUGAAUGAAGAGCGAUCAAGAGCUUCCUGCUUCACAGGCCUCAGUCCUUCAAUUGUUGAAGAAUGUAAGAAAAGGAAAGAAGAAAUAGCACAAAUGACACUGGAGUUGGAGCAGGGGAAAAAAGAGUUGGAUAAUUAUAGGCAAAACAUUUCAAAGGUUAAGGAAAAUUGGCUAAAUCCACUGAAAGAAUUAGUUGAACAAAUCAAUGAAAGAUUUAGCAGUUUUUUUCGCUCUAUGCAAUGUGUAGGGGAAGUGGAUCUUCACACAGAAAAUGAGGAAGAAUAUGAUAAGUAUGGGAUCCGCAUAAGGGUCAAAUUCCGCAGCAGCACUCAACUUCACGAGCUGACUCAACACCAUCAGAGUGGAGGGGAGAAAAGUGUUUCAACUAUGUUGUACUUAAUGGCUUUGCAGGAAAUCAACAGGUGUCCCUUCAGAGUAGUAGAUGAAAUAAAUCAGGGAAUGGAUCCUGUCAAUGAGAGGAGAGUCUUCGAUGUAGUGGUAAAAACUGCCUGUAAAGAGAGCACUUCUCAGUACUUCUUUAUUACACCAAAGCUGUUACAGGACCUCACUUACGACAAAAAAAUGACUGUGUUGUUGGUCUACAAUGGAUCUUCUAUGCUCGAAUCAAGAAAGUGGAACUUAGAAGGUUUCCGUAGGAGACGUCGGCGAUUUCAGCCAUGACUAAUCAGUAAAGAUCUUCCUGAUGCCUUUUGAAAAAUAGCUGGAGCAAGUUGAAGAACUUAAUUUUCUUCCUUUAUUUAAAAGCACAGCUCUGUCGUAGAGACUAUUGAUGGCCAACAUUUUAUGUGACUACCAGUGUGUACUUUACUUUUUAUGAUUAUUUCCUCUGGAGGACGACAAGCACCAAUUCUGAGAAAGAGAACAGAAGUGUUUUGUAUCAGCAGUUAUUGGUGGUUUUCUGGGAAAAUUAAUCUCCUCCUCGCCAUAUUUUGCAAAAUCUUUUUGUAUAAUAAAUUUAUACUGGAAUUUU